GCAUCUCAGAAGUGAGGCCGGUGCAGACUUAGGGUAGUCCCAGGGCGGAAACCCCAAAGUAGGUUGAAGCAGGUGGUUGCUCCUCCCCCAUGGGGAGACCUCUCCCUGGUGGUCGCUGGAGCCAUGCUGUCCCGCAAAGGCAUCAUCCCUGAGGAGUAUGUGCUGACGCGGCUAGCAGAGGACCCGACAGAGCCCCGGUACCGUGCCCGUGAGCGGAGAGCCCGUUUCGUGUCCAAGAAUGGCAACUGCAACGUGGCCCACAAGAACAUCCGGGAGCAAGGUCGCUUCCUGCAGGACGUGUUCACCACGCUGGUGGACCUCAAGUGGCCAUACACGCUGCUCAUCUUCACCAUGUCCUUCCUGUGCAGCUGGCUGCUCUUUGCCAUGGUCUGGUGGCUCAUCGCCUUCGCCCACGGUGACCUGGCCCCUGGUGAGGGUGCUGCUGUGCCCUGCGUCACCAGCAUCCACUCCUUUUCAUCUGCCUUCCUUUUCUCCAUUGAGGUACAGGUGACCAUCGGUUUCGGCGGGCGCAUGGUGACCGAGGAGUGCCCUCUGGCCAUCCUGAUCCUCAUUGUGCAGAACAUCGUGGGGCUCAUGAUCAAUGCCAUCAUGCUGGGCUGCAUCUUCAUGAAGACUGCCCAGGCCCACCGGCGGGCUGAGACCCUCAUCUUCAGCAAGCAUGCGGUCAUCGCCCUGCGCCACAGCCGCCUCUGCUUCAUGCUGCGUGUGGGCGACCUCCGCAAGAGCAUGAUCAUCAGCGCCACCAUCCACAUGCAGGUGGUGCGCAAGACCACCAGCCCUGAGGGCGAGGUGGUACCCCUCCACCAGGUGGACAUCCCCAUGGAGAAUGGCGUGGGAGGCAAUAACAUCUUCCUGGUGGCUCCCCUCAUCAUCUACCACGUCAUUGACGCCAACAGCCCACUCUAUGACCUGGCGCCCUGCGACCUGCACCACCAUCAGGACCUUGAGAUCAUCGUCAUACUGGAAGGUGUGGUGGAAACCACGGGCAUCACCACCCAGGCCCGCACCUCCUACCUGGCCGACGAGAUCCUGUGGGGCCAGCGCUUUGUACCCAUCGUGGCCGAGGAGGAUGGCCGCUACUCUGUGGACUACUCCAAGUUUGGCAAUACCAUCAAAGUGCCCACGCCGCUCUGCACGGCCCGCCAGCUGGAUGAGGACCCCAGCCUGCUGGAUGUCCUGACCCUCGCCCGCGGGCCCCUGCGCAAGCGCAGCAUGGCCGUGGCCAAGGCCAAGGCCAAGUUCAGCAUCUCUCCAGAUUCCCUGUCCUGA